GGGACAUGGGGGAGAGCCUAGGGGAGCCCGGGGGAGAGGGAGCACGGCGGAGCACUCAGUGUGAUGCGUGCGGCUGAGCUCUGCGCGUAGCCAGGCGCAGCGUAAGCUCCCGAGGGCGCACCACAGCACGGCUCGCCGAAACACCGCGUCACGGCGGGACCAGUGUGUGUGUGCGCGCGUGUGUGUGUGAGUGGGCGACUGUGUCGGUGUGCGCGCGUGUGGGCGAGUGCGCGAGCGCGCGCGGGCCGUGCCUGUGUCGGAGAGCACGCCGGGCACGCCGAGCACGCCGAGCACCGCUGGCCGGCGGCGCGUGUCCGUGUCACCGAGUGCCCGUGACCACCGGCGGAACACCGAUCGCAACGCCUUAUGGAUCGCGCUCGCCGUCCGUGCUGUGCCGGCUGCGGCGGCUGCGGCGGCUGUGCCGGCUAGGAGGACAAGGACUCCAUCGAGCCGGUGUGGUGACCGGAGGGCCCAGCGGCGAGCGGAGCCAGGGGAGCGUCCUGGCCGGCGUCUCCAGGAUGCGGCAGGCUGGGGGCUGCGCCGUGCUGGGGGCGGCUGCUCGCGGCUGCUCGGGGGCGGCUCGGAGCCUGCGGGGGCGGCUGGCCCGCGGGGUCGCGUCGGGCUCGUGAGCCGCGUGAGCACUGAGCAGCCGGGGAGCGGAGCGAUGCUGGCCGGCCGAUGACGGGCUCAGGGGGCCUAGUGCGUCAUGUCCGCCGCCAAGAGGCUCGUCUUGUCGCUGGCCGGGCGGCGGGGCGAGGGUUCGAGUCCCGCCGCCGCCUCCACGGCGGGCUCCUCGACGCGCCUGGUGGACCGGGCCGGCUCGGGCUCCGGGCCGGGGGGAGGACCCGGGCCGGGCACGCCGGCGGGCUGUGGCGUUGGCGCGCCCGGCGGCUCGGCCGGCUCCGACCUCGAGGAGAUCGCCAUCGUGUCCAACGCCUCUGGGGGCCAGGUCAAAUACGGAUCCGGAAACCUGUCCUCCAACGGGCCGCGGCUGGUGCCAGGCAUCAUCACCACUGGAGGCGUGCGGAUGGGCGACCGCUGCAGCCCCGUGGCGCACCACAAGAGCUCGGCGGAGAGCGUCCCGGGGCUGGCGGGGCUGGGAGGAUUCGGCGGCUUAAGCCGACCGUACGGCGGGCCGUACGGCGGUCCGCACCCGCAGGCGCGGUCCGUGUCCAGGCAGAGCCUGCUCGACCUGGUGGGAUGUCGGCUGGGCGUGGGGCGGAACCAGCGCCAGCACCAGAGAUACUUCUCGUCGUCCCGCGACUCGCUGGCGGCGAGCUACGUGAACCGCGCGGCCACGGCGUCGGAGCUGGACCUGUCCCGGAAGGCGCGGCGGCGGGAGCUGCGGGGGCGGCUCAAGCUGCCCGCCGCCGUGACGAGCAUGACGGGCUCCGCGAUGGGGGACUCGCGGGCGGGCAUGGCGGGCCAUGGCGGCGGCGCCAUGGGCUCGGGGACGGCGCUGCUGCCGCGGGGGUCGGUGGCGCACGCCAACGUCAACUACGGCGGCAUCCAGAUCCGCGGGCGCGGCAGCGCGGCGGCGGCGGCCCGGGGCCCCGGCCGGCCGCACCCAGGACCCACGUGGUCCUUCGUGUUCGACCCUGCGGGCCGGCUCUGCUACUACUGGUCCAUGGUUGUCUCGCUGGCCUUCCUCUACAACUUCUGGGUUAUCAUCUACCGCUUUGCGUUUCAAGAAAUCAACCAUCUCUUUCUCGAGGUUGCAUUUUGUGAUAGCGAGCUAGCUUAUUAUACAGAUAGUAUUGCUUCAAAACUAUGUAGUUUUUUAAAGUUCCCGUAUAAAUCUCUUCCAGUCGUUUUCUCAUAA